AUGAACGUCGUCGUUACCGGCAUCUUCUACUGCUUUUCGGGCAUGAUCCCGAACUGCCUCAUGGCGACCUGCUGUCCGUGCAUCUCGCUCGCCCAGACCCUCCACCCUCUCGUGGCCAUAUACCGGUACACGUUUGUCGUCAUGUACGUCCGGACGGGUGUCCGCGGCAGGUUUGCGAAUCCCGGCAACGCGUGCAAAGCCUGCCUCUGCUUUUGCAGCUGCUGCACGAUCGCCCAACCGGUGUCGCACACCGACUCGUACACGCCCAACAUUUGCAACUUUGGUCUCAAGGACACGCUUGUCGGCUACGUUCUCUGA